CAAAUCUGCUUUGGAUCAUGCAAAUGAAUGCCCGGUUAAUGUAGGCAGACUGUCAAUUUUCCCAGUAAGCAAGAGAAAGGGGGGAACUUCCCCACCACGGAGACUGAUGAAGAAUUUCAAUAGAAAGCUUCUACUCCAGGAAACAGGACCGUUGUCGGUGCACGGAGCCUUUCUAGGCGUCCUGAGCUGUGCUGAUGCCCCUCAGAGAGAAGUCAGCUCCUGGUGGUUGCUGAAAACAGGAACCUGCCCUUCAGCCAGCCCUGCGCGCCUUCCUCGUUCUGGCAGAGGAAGUGUGUGGCGGUUUAGCAACUGUGGUGCCUCUUGAUAGCACGGGCUUCUCCUCCAGCCCUUCAGACCCCUGGCCUUCUGCUCAUUCUGGAGGUCAGCCACUGAUGGAGAGGCGGUGACCCCGGGCCUGGCGGCCCCUCCGCAUCCAACUCCCAGGGGAGUCCAUGCCCAGCAUUUGAAGGCUUCGGGCAUCUCCCACCGCCCCAGGAGUGAGGGAAAUGGGGAACAGCAUGAAGUCCACCCCGGCACCACCGGAGAGGCCUCUGCCCAGCACAGAUGGACUGGAGAGUGACUUCCUCGCUGUGCUGAGUGACUACCCAUCUCCUGACAUCAGCCCCCCAAUAUUCCGCAGAGGGGAGAAACUGCGAGUGAUUUCUGAUGAAGGCGGCUGGUGGAAAGCCAUUUCUCUUAGCACUGGUCGGGAGAGUUACAUCCCGGGAAUCUGUGUGGCCAGAGUCUACCAUGGGUGGCUGUUCGAAGGGCUGGGCAGGGAAAAGGCGGAGGAGCUGCUGCAGCUGCCAGACACAAAGGUUGGCUCCUUCAUGAUCAGGGAGAGCGAGACCAAGAAAGGCUUUUAUUCACUGUCUGUGAGACACAGGCAGGUGAAGCACUAUCGCAUCUUCCGCUUGCCAAACAACUGGUACUACAUCUCCCCGAGGCUCACCUUCCAGUGCCUGGAGGAUCUGGUCAAUCACUAUUCAGAGGUGGCCGAUGGCCUGUGCUGUGUGCUCACCACGCCCUGCCUGACGCAGAGCACGCCUGUCCCAGCAGCGAGGGCCUCCAGCUCCCCAGUCACCCUGCGCCAGAAGACCUUCGACUGGAAGAGAGCGUCCAGACUACAGGAGGACCCUGAGGGAGCAGGGAACCCACUCGGGGUGGAUGAGUCCCUUUUCAGCUAUGGCCUUCGGGAAAGCAUCGCAUCCUACCUGUCCCUGACUGGGGACGACACCGGCCCCUUUGAUCGGAAGAAGAAGAGCGUCUCCCUGAUGUACAGCGGAAGCAAGCGGAAGAGCUCACUGUUCUCGUCACCACCAUACUUCGAAGACUAGCUGCACAAUAGACACCCUGGUUUGCACCUGAGGCCACAGAGGUUCUGACUGUCACCUGGGAUCUCGCAAAAGGCAGGGUUCUCCGGUCUCUGGAUGUGCCACACCUUCUGGCCAGGAGACCCAUCUCAUCUUCUCUAUCCUCAUGGUGACCAAAGGAACCCCUCCCCAACGUCUGAUCAGGGCUGUGACACAGGACAUGUCGGGUCGUGAUGUGUGUCUCAAAGAGCUCAGUAUGCAUGGGAAGGAUGAGCACAUUCCUCACGAAAUGGCCGAGGGCGAGAGGAAGGUGGACCCGGGACCGAGGCCUGCAGCAGGCGGGUCUGCUGAUCGGCGUCAGGCCGAAGCUGCCUUUGCAUCCACAGAGACCUUGGGGUGCUCCUCCUCCUUCAUAAGAGACCCGCUGACCCUGAACACUAGCCUGAAGGACUUGCUAGCACCACAACAGGAGCCAUGGCAUGCUCCUGCACUAAAGCCACGUGGCCUGAAGUUGGUAACCUCCUGGGUCCACGAAGGCAGGGGACAUGGGGGCAAGGGAGGCAGCUGGUGGGGGAGGGUGGUGGCCUGGGACUCGGCCUUCCAGGGUCUGCAGCACAGAAGGAGAUUCCCUGGCCGCAGGGGUACUUGCCAGUGUGGGUGCAUCAAUGAUUCCUCCGUGACAUGUAAGGAGGCGCUGGCUUGGGUCCCGUGUGAGGUGAGUGCCCAAAAGGAGAACAGCAGCGACUCGGCCCCAGCAAGGGGUGCAGAGUGGGACAGGCAGGGAUCAGCAGGUAGCAGAAGAGCAGCUGUGCAUGGAGACCGACCCCUGGCCUAGGAUGGGCUGGGGUAGCUGGGGGUGGCCCAGGGGCUCCUGUGUCCAGGGAUCUGCAUGGAGCAGAGUGUAGGGCCACUGGACGCUGCAGGAAGAAUGGCUGAACUUUUUUAAAGCGUGGAAACUGAUCACUUCUAAGGAACGAAUUCACACCACAUUUUAUCCUAAGAAGGUCUGGAAUCCACAUGAAUGCAAACACUGAGCUCCAGGAAAGAGAGGAAGUCCUGCCAUACACAGCUGUAAGAGGUGGGGCCCAGACACAGGGCGGGAGAGGGGAGGGUUCACCAGACAGGACCCUGCCGAGAGGGAAGCGCCUGCAGACAGCUCGUGACUCACUCUGCCCCCGCAAGGGACUCUGGGGAGGGGUGCGUGCACGUGGCCCAUCGGUGUAAGCUCACGUGCGCGAUCUGUGGACAUGAGUUCAUGCAGCUGGUGAUACGUGCAUGUGUGUUUACGUGAUUGGCUCUGUCACCAGAUGCCAGGGUAUUUAUACAAGGAGGCAUUUGUGGCUUCCUUGAUAAUCCCCCGUGGCUGUUCCAAAGCCACCGGCCAACAUGUGAGAAAGGAAUGCGAUACUGGGGACAAGGACUUCCACCUGGAGGCUGGUGCCUCUGAGCUCCAGAUAUCUGUUCAGCAUCUUCUGUGUUAUUUUCCAUUGUGACCAAUGUGACUGGAGCGUUUGGGGAGCCCCGGGGGUUUUCUAGUGGGAAGCAUUACACUUUGUUCAAUCAUGUAUUUAUUCCUGAUUAAAGUAAGCCUAAUAAAUAUUUAAACCUUGAAUGGGGGAG